AUUCUCUACGCUACAUAUUCAGAUAGUCGUUCUAUCGCAGACGAUGUACAUUAUUAUGGUUACCAAGUCGUGCAGCCGGCUUACUUUUUGAAUGUCUGUGGAAACUGUUCGUCCUAUAAUCUCGUUCUCUCUUAGUUAGUCAUCACGAAAAUAAUCAUCACAGCAGUGGAUAUUGUUGACUUGUAGUGCAGUUUCACGAAGUAACAAAACAAAUUCGCUAUUUUCGUUUGUUCGUACACACAACUCAGAAAGAUUUAAUUGACAAAAAUUUCAUUGCAUGCCAGUUCCUUGCGUUGUUACGCGAACCUUAACAUUCAUAGGAUUGUUUUUUGUCGUUGUAGACCCUGUAUGAAUGCUAUAUUCUCCCACAUAAACUUGUGAUAUAAGUUUUUUUUAACAUUUGUAUGGUGUUUUUAUUGGAGAUUCCGUCUUUCGUUCUGUUACCACUGUACCUUGUUAGUUGAUUAUUACAUGAUGUGUUUUGAUUUAAUGAGUUUUCACUUAACAAGUAUUGCAUUUGCUACUAAUAAUCUAGGCCAUAUACCAUAUCUGACAGAAGUGUCCGUUGCCAAGCUAAUAAAGGAUUUAUGUCUUAGUAGUCUUCCGUCCUUGACUUAAAAUUUACCUGAUUUCGAUUUUUGGCUAUUUCGUUUGUUUUUGUUGUGUUUUUUUUUUCUCUGCAAAUGCUAUCUAGAGCUACAGUGUUGAUCAUUCUGUACACACUGUCUAAUCUAAUAAUACAACAUGGUCAAAAUUAAUACAGGCUGGGCUCAGUGCCUGUUCCAGUUUUCCUGAUGCAAUGAAUAUGUGGAUUUGUUAGAUCUAGGUAAAUACUCCAUUUGGUUCUUCUACAAUGCAGCCCCCUAUUGAAUGAUAAACUGAGUCUGUGCCCUUUCUGAAGGCCUGAUUAAUAUGCUGCUGAAGAAACAAUAAAUAGGAAUGAGUUCGAGCGAAGGGAGGGGGAUGAGAGCACAUAGUUAGGCUAUCAAAAAAAAUACAGUUAGUGUGGCUAUUCCAAAAGGUGUAAAAAUUUUCACUUGAUAAUACUUGUCUGGCCUUCCAUCCAGGGGAUUAUUUCUUGAUCUAUUUGAUUCAGGAUAGAUUAGAAGUUACAGUUAGUGUAGGUUUUUUCCUUAUACGUUUAUAUGAUUCUCUAUACUUUUAUUGCCAGUAUAGCAUUACAGAAGGCAGAAAUAUGAAAUAGUGGAACGAAAACUCAAAAAUGGAAAAAAUAAUAUCCACACAUGCUCAGUCGUUACAAAUUGUAAACUUAAUUAGAAAGGUGCAAGUUGAAAUAUAAAAACAGAUACCUGUGCAGUACAAUAAUGGGGAACGCACGAAAAGAAAAAUUUAAGAAACCUGUUUUUUACUCCAAUUCAGCAUACAGUUUGAAUUUGUCAAGCAGUUGUUGCCAAAGUAUUCGAAAUGAGCAUAUACAGAGAACUGGCUGGAUUUUAAGACAUGUAAAUAAUCCAGAAAGCAUCGCAGGACACAUGUACCGAAUGGGAAUAUUGUCUUUCUUAAUUGAUGAAAAGGAUGGUCUUGAUAAAGACAAGUGUAUCAAAAUGUCUCUUGUGCACGAUCUAGGAGAGUGUAUUGUUGGUGACUUGACGCCACAUUGUGGAAUCCCAGCUGCAGAAAAACAUCGUAGAGAGACACUUGCAAUGAGGGAGUUGGCCAGUUUAGCAGGAAAUGCAGGGACAGAGAUGUUCAAUCUAUAUAAGGAAUAUGAAGAGCAAAAGACACCAGAAGCAAAGUUUGUAAAAGAGUUAGAUAGGUUUGACAUGGUUCUCCAAGCUUUUGAAUACGAAAAAUCUGAAAAACGACCACAUGGCCUACAAGACUUUUUUGAUUCAACAGAAGACAAAUUUAGUCAUCCAAAGAUGCUAACAUUAGUAGAUGAACUCAAAAAACAGAGAUCCGUCUUUGAAACAUUAUAUCAACAAACGGAUAAAUAGUGUUAUUUUAGGCAUUACCAAAUUGUACGUACAUGUAUCAUUUGUGAAGAAUACACUAAAAUAAAUACAUUUUAAAGCA